UGCUCAGCAACAGCGGCUCUGGCGGAGAGUUUGAAAAUGAGCUUCAGCGACUCGGAUUUAAACUUAAAAGUAGAAAAACUGAAGAAAAAGUACUUAGAACGGAGGAAACGGGUUUCUAACCCAGUGUUAAAUAGAGAUCAUGGUGAGGAAGCAGCAAACCCCGAUCCUGUCAGCAGAAAAUCUGGAGCUAAAAAUCCUCCGCGGUACAGAGAGAUGAAAAGUUAUGAUGAAGCUCUCAGAGAACUUUUAGAGGUUGUCUCAAAUCAGCCUCAGGGACUGCACUCUGCUCAUAGUGUUUCUGACAGUGAAGAUGAGCUCAGCCAGAAAACCAUUUCCUUUGAGGAAACAAAUGUUCUUUGUACAGAGACGGACGUGACGCUGCCCUCAGUCCUGGCCUGCAGCUCCAGCUCCGGUGUUUCUGAUCCGGUGUGUUUUAGUAAAGAGAGGCUGAGGGACCAAACUGAGGAUUUAAUCAGGAGCCCAACACCUUUAGGACAGGUGUACCAGGAGAUGGUUCAGAUUUACGAGAAACUGCAGGCGGAGCGUCUGAGUCAGCAGGCCUGGGAGGCGACGCUGUUUGAGCGCGAGCAGCAGCUCCAGCAGAAAGAGCAGCUCCUGCUUCAGCACCAAAACACCGUCCACAGACUGCAGGGCGUAGAGGAGGAGGUGCUUAACCGUAUCAGUCACCUGCAGCAGCAAUACCAGCAGGAGACAGAAACUCUGAGGAGCGCUCUGAAAGAGAAGACUAAAGAGAAUAAAAGAAUAAAAUCCAGUUUCGACUCCAUCAAAGAGCUUAAUGAUACCAUGAAAAAACAGCUGAAUGAAGUGAGUGAACAGAACCGGCGGUUAGAGAGUCAGUCUCGGAAGGUGCAGGCUCGCCUAGACAACCUGCAGAGGAAGUAUGAUCAUGGUUUUGUACAGAGAAUACGGGAAAACAUCGCUCCAAAAGCAUUUGACCCAAAACCUUCUAAACAGGAUCUCCCUCCACCUUCCAACAAAUCUAGCAAGCCUCCUCUAAACUCCUCCACGCUGAAGCUGCUGAGCGCUCUGCUGGACUGGGUGGUGGACGAGCAGCUGAUUGGAUCAGAAGGGAUCAGCAGUAAGAGGGAGACUGAUCUGUAUGGAGUUCCACCUCCAUCUGUACAGGAGCGGUGCUCUAAGGUUCUUCCUGUGCUGGUGGAGCAGCUCCAUCAGGCUGAGCCGUCUCUGCAGCUUCCAUUACUGCGCUUCAUCUACUGCACACUCACACAGCUGGAGCACAGCUCACAGCACCCUCCACUGACCUCGACUCUCAGGAGGCUGGGGGAGGAAGUGUCCCGCGGGCCGGGGGACGGCAGCAAGACCCGAGUCUGUCCGCUCUUCAGGACAGCCUGCCUCCACACCCGGUUCCUGUCUACCCUCAUUAUCCUCAAAACCAUCAGCCAGGCGGACGUUUUGGCCCAGGCUCUGGACAUCCUGCACGGUGAUGUGAAGACGGAUGAGGGACAGGCUCUCUUCCUGAAGUAUCGGGCUCUUGUGGCUGUUUUAGCUGUUCUGAGAGCAGGAAGUCCUGGUUUACUGGCGCCGGCGGUGGACGUCCUGCUGCAGAUGAGUUCUGAAUCACUACAUCAGCCGGUCUUCCUGGAGUCCUGCAGCAGUGAGCAGUUCUUCCGCUGUGUCUCUCUGCUCCUCCGUAACCCUCGCCUGAACCUCGGCCUGGUGGAGAAGCUCAGCGUCCUCCUUCAGAAGCUCUCCAGCAUCAGGAAGAACAGGCGUCUGUUUGAAGUCUCCUCGCUGCAUCUGUUCCUGCAGGAAAUGCACCGAACGGCCGACCCGACUCGAGCUUUCCUCACCAUCAACCUCAGCUCCAUCCUCUUCAACCUGGGCUUAAACUCUCGCUCCUAAACCUAAACUACAGCUAAAAACACUGUUUCCCAUCACUUUAUAUAUUUACUGACUGUGAGCUUGAGGCUUCGCUGGUUUAACGCUGGAGCUACAAAGCUAAUGUAGAGGUACUACUUUAAAAUAACACUCCUUUAUAAAGGGUUUAUAAAUAGUUUAUAAAGGAGUUUAUUAUUAGUUAUUAUUUAAGUUGUAAAUACUUAAAAAAAAAAACAUUAAUAAUAAUCACUUACAACACAUAGAGAGAACAGCAGUGACAAUUAACUUAACUUUAACAUAGCUAAUAAUAAUAUAGAGAAUAAUUUAAGUCAGUUUAGCCAUUUGAUAUGUUUUUAUAGUUAAAUUAAUAAAGUUAUUAACAGAAAUUAAGUUAACGUUGACUGAUAAAAAGACAAAAUAAGAUAAGAAUCUAGUAAGAUCUGAGGUUAAACAGUAUAAAUGAACAUUCACUACAAUCACUAUUUGGUAAAUGACAGGCCACUGUUGCCCUUUCUAUCUGUGUUAUAACUGCUUAUUAAUGGUUUAUAACCUCAUUAAAAAAACUCCUUUAUAAACUAUACUAAAAGGAGACUUAUUUUAAAGUGGUACCAAUGUAGGUAUGUGUACAGAAUGUGAUACACACUCAUCAAACUGUGUAAUGCUGUUCACUAAAUAUUAAUAGACUUAUUUAGAUGUGGUUCAUGGCACCAAAUGCCCCAGAUAACAAGUUGUUUACUUAGUAGAUUGUGGCUACAGUGUCAGCAUAAAAAAGUAUACUCCUGACCAAAUCACGGAGCUAUAAUUGAUUUAUUGAUGGUAUGGACUGAAAUGCAUUAAUCAUAGUUAUAAACUGUGGCUAAUUCUGAAAUUGUGGUGUUGUCAUGCUGCCUUAAUUUGGAUCAAUAAGCAAAAAAGCAUAAAUAUUCCAGUAUAUAUAUGCUGAUUUAAAGUCAGAGUUUGUGAUUGAGUUUAAUUGAGAUUUACUGGCUCAGUGAUUUGGCUGUUCGUGAGCUGUGUGAGAGACGUUGUCAUAUAUUUAUAUUUUGGGGUAAAUUUGUAUAAAUGUGGUUUUGAGAGACUGUUUCUGUGGUUUGUUUUGUUAUUGAAUAAAAUGUUUAUUUCUGUUUUAA